UAGUCACAUUGUUCUACAUUAUAUUAACAAAAUAUUUAAUUCAAAAGGAGAUGUCAGUCACUCAAUACCUAAAUGUUCUCAUUGAAAAUGAUCAUUUUGCUAAAAAUGUUUACAUUAUAGCAUCAAUACAUGCAACAAGAAUAAACACUGCAUCUUAUAUUAAAAUAAUGGAAAAAAUCAUAAUUUCUUCAAUCGUUUUGAAUUUCGUUCUUUACAUUGGACAUUAUUUAAACGAAGCAACGGCAAGCAACAAUAACAAUGUAAUUUCUAGUCGAUUCUACAGGAACAUCGGCCAAUUUUACAAUUCUCCUUCUUCAAUCAUCAGAAUAUCGGUAAUGGAUAUGGGACGAUAUGAUAUGGAAAUUGCAGCCGUCCAAUGCAUCGCAAGUUGUACAACGCAAUCUCCAUCAAAUUGCGUUGCUGUAAAUUUCAGCGCUAAAGAUGCAGCUUGUCAGCUUCUUUCCAGACAACCAAACCUCACAUCUAAUACAAAGAUUGAACAUGAUGAUGAAUGGAUACUGUACACAGAAAAAAGGCUACUAGAAACAUACUGGGUGGAUAUACCUGGUGCAUGCAUUGCGGGAUACAACCACCGCAAAAUAAAUUCUGUCACUACUAUUGAUGCAUGUAAGAAACUGUGUGAAAACGAGAAAGAAUUUGAGUGCUGGUCAAUUGACUAUGAGGCUGAAUAUGAGAGGUGUCUCCUGUCUGAGAAAUCCUCAAGAAAUAACCCCAUAAGUAACCCUUGUUAUAUGUCAGGGUACACCUAUGCUGAAAGGUCCAUUGAAGAUAAUAGUUGAAACCAGAAUUUAACUUCUAUCGAAAGAGGAUGUUCACUAAUCAUAAGAACUGCAUUAAGAAACAACACAGUAACUGAAGACUAAACCAGCUUUACAAAUAUAUUACUAGUUCAAAAGAUAUUAGUAUUCUUGAUACAACACUAGGCCAUAUCUAUUCAUCUGAACUCUAGUCCAUUGUAAAGCAAUGGCAGACAAUCUAGACAUUCAUCCCCACAGCAUAUUGCUAGCUUACAAUAGCAUGCAGAUCUAACCUUUGGGGUCUGUUACUUUGAUUGACUCACUAGACUUGGCACAUUGGGUUUUGAAUCAAUUCAGCUUUUAUUCCUGGCUUUUAUUGCUUUCACGGAGGAUAUUGUGUCAAGGAAUUUGUAUGAUUAUUAUUUUGGUUACAAGACGGUUGCAAAAUUCAAAAUCUUUGCAACAUAUGCAAUUGAAUCAUUUCCUAAAUGUUCACCUCUCCCUAAUGGUACAGGAUGCAACACAUGCAAAAAGGGAUACAUCCUUUAGGACAUUUCUAGUUCUUUUGACCACAUAGCUUUAUGGCAUUCCAGAAAUUUGAAAAUUUGAUUCAAAUCAUGCU